AUGCCUGUGGAGACAUCUCUUGAGCUCAAGUUAGCAAUAGCUAUGACUCUAAUUACUCUGUUUCUCUUCUUCUUCUUCUUAUUCUCUACAUCAAGUGCAAAACUCUCAGGAACACCAGGAAUCAACUAUGGCCAAUUGGGGAACAACCUUCCAUCACCAACAACCUCAGUUUCUCUCAUCAAGUCCCUUAAAGCCAAAAGCGUCAAAAUCUACGACACAAACCCAAAAAUCCUCAAAGCUCUAAAGAACACAGGCCUCAAAGUUUCCAUCAUGGUCCCAAAUCAACUCGUCUCAAACAUAUCCACAAACCAAACACUCGCAAACCAAUGGGUCAAAUCCAACGUUGUACCCUUUUACCCACAAACACUGAUUCGUUACCUCCUCGUAGGUAACGAACUCAUCAGCAGCACAGGGAACGAAACCUGGUCCCACAUCGUGCCCGCGAUGAGAAGAAUCAAACACUCUUUAACAUCCUUCGGUUUGCACAAGAUCAAGGUUGGAACUUCUUGUGCCAUGGACGUGUUGCAAUCGUCGUUUCCACCCUCAAACGGCACUUUCAGAAACGACAUUGCGUUUCGGGUAAUGAAGCCCAUGUUGGAGUUUUUGCAUAAGACUAACUCGUUUUUCUUCUUGGAUGUGUACCCGUUUUUUUCUUGGGCCUCGGAUCCGGUUAAUAUUAACCUAAGUUACUCUCUUUUUGAAUCCGAGAAUAUCACGGUUACGGAUCCGGGUACGGGUUUGGUUUAUAAAAAUUUAUUUGAUCAGAUGGUGGAUGCUGUUUAUUUUGCAAUGAAGCGACUCGGGUAUAAGCGAAUUCGGAUCUUCAUUGCGGAAACGGGUUGGCCCAAUGGAGGAGAUCUGGAUCAGGCUGGAGCGAAUAUUCACAACGCUGCAACUUACAAUAGAAACUUUGUUAAGAAGGUUACAAAAAAACCGCCGGUCGGGACUCCGGCUCGACCGGGUUCGGUUCUUCCAUCGUUUAUUUUUGCGCUGUUUAAUGAGAACCUGAAACCGGGUGCGGGCACGGAGCGUCAUUUCGGGUUAUUGUACCCGAACGGGUCGAGCGUGUACGAGAUUGAUCUCUCCGGAAAAACGCCAGAGUCGGAGUUCGCGCCGUUGCCGCCGCCGGUGGAUUACAAAGGGAAGGCGUGGUGUGUGGUGGCGGAGGGAGCGAAUGUGACAGCGGUGGUGGCGGCGUUAUCGUACGCUUGCUCGCAGGGGAACCGAACCUGUGACCCUAUUCGACCCGGAAAACCGUGCUUUGAACCCAAUUCGGUGGUGGGUCAUGCUAGCUAUGCUUUCAGUUCUUACUGGGCGCAGAUGAGGCAUGUGGGUGGAACGUGUUACUUCAACGGCCUCGCAACCCAAACUGCAAAGAAUCCAAGUUAUGGAUCGUGCAAGUUCCCGAGUGUGACUCUUUGAUGCAGCCAAUACCAAUCAAAUUACUCCACCUUCUGAUAUUCGUUCUCAAGUCACUACAUCAGGAAUUUCCAAUUUGGAAUUUGGAAUCCUUUUUAUGAACAUUAAUUUAUUUUUGCUUUUCUUUUCAUGAACGUAUGUUCCUCCAAUAUAUAACACGAAUAAUUGGGCUUGUCACUCCCGACCCACCAAGGAGGAACUUAUGUUGAUGAAUACCCUUAAUAAGUUGACCCCAUCCAUGUGGUCAUGGAAAUUGGCAAGGAAGCCAUUUCUAUCGUAUUUUGCCUGUAACAUAAUGCUUUUGUAUACUCAACUGAAAUUAGACACAUAUUAUUCACAUUUGUAUGAGUAUUU